GCAAGGACGACAAAGAGGACGCGGCGAUGGAGGAGUUCCGGCAAAUGUUCGCCGUCCAUCGCCGGGAUGUUGAAGCUGUCUGGAACAUCAACAACAACGCCAAAUCCAGAGGAGAGUGUCAGGUGUACGUGGAGGUGAACGAGCUGAUGAAGGACCAGGACCAGCAGGCCUACUGGCAGGAGACGAGCCGAUGGGCGGGCUACGAGGAGAGCUUCGACCCCCAGGCAGGGACCUGGGGGUCCUCACACAUCUCCUACCUCACCUUCAAGAGCCUCAUUCGGCUCCGGCGUACCAUGAACACAGGUGUGGUGAUUUUUGACUGUGCGGAGACGACCCUGUCCAGCAUUGCUGAAAAGAUGGUUGAGGCAAUGGUCAACAAGAAAGAGAUCAGGCCAGGUGACAGGGAAGGGGUGCUGAAAUCUCUGCUGCACAACCGCAGCCAAACCACCGACCCAGAGAGCCAAGCCCUGACCGACGUUGUGGAGAUGAGGAAGUUUUCCGUCAGAGAGAGGAGGGACGCAUCUGAAAGUGUUGAGGCCUCCAUGGUGCUAGUAGGAGCUUUGGACUUCUUGGAGAGGCCAACGGUUGCGUUUGUGCGGCUGAAGGAGCCGGUGGUGUUGGACUCUGCCCUGGAGGUCCCUGUACCUGUCCGCUUUGUCUUCGUCCUGGUGGGCCCCAGCAAGAGCGAGAUCGACUACCAUGAGACUGGCCGAGCCAUGGCGGCCCUCCUCGCUGAUAAAGUGUUCAACCAGGCGGUAUUCCAGGCACAGGAUGCCAGCGAGCUCAUCGACGCCGUGGCCGACUUCAUGGACUGCUGCAUUGUGAUCCCUCCCACCGAGAUCCAGAACGAGGCGAUGCUCACCUCCAUCAUUGGUUUCCAGAAGAAGCUCCUGCAGGACAGGAUGCGGCCCUCUGACCCUCAGCUGCGCCUGGAUGUCAAACCUCGCAGGCUGUCCAAAGCUUCUGGGCCUCCACCUGAGGACCCGCUGGCCCGCACAGGUCGGCCGUUCGGGGGGAUGAUGCGAGACAUCAGGAGGCGUUACCAACACUAUAAGAGUGACAUCACGGACGCUCUUAAUGCCCAGGUCCUUGCUGCUGUCAUCUUCAUCUACUUCGCUGCCCUGUCACCUGCCAUCACCUUUGGAGGACUGCUGGCCGACAAGGUGGAAAAUAUGAUGGGCGUGCCUGAGCUCCUCAUCUCCACCUGUGUCCAGGGGAUCAUCUUCUGUUUUGUUGCCGCCCAGCCUGUCCUGGUCAUUGGCUUCUCCGGUCCUCUCCUGGUGUUUGAGGAGGCUUUCUUUGCUUUCUGUAAGUCUCAAGACUUUGAGUAUAUUGUGGGCAGAGUGUGGGUUGGCGUGUGGUUGGUCAUCAUUGUGGUGCUCAUCGUGGCUUGUGAGGGCAGCUUCCUGGUGCGCUUCAUCUCCCGCUUCACCCAGGAGAUCUUCUCCAUCCUCAUCUCGCUCAUCUUCAUCUACGAAACGUUUGCCAAGUUGGGCAGGAUCUUCAAGGCCCACCCACUGAUCUUGAAUUACGACCAUCUGAACGCGACAGUGGAAAACCCCUGGUACCCAGUGAUAGUGGAGGAGCAAAUCUAUGACAAUGCCACUGGUAAUUUAACUGUGCUCACGACCACUGUUAACCGAGCCUAUCCCAACACCGCCCUACUCUCCAUGUGUCUCAUGUUCGGCUGCUUCUUUAUCGCCUACUUCCUGCGCCAGUUCAAAAAUGGGACCUUUCUGCCUGGAAAGGUCAGACGUUUGAUGGGUGACUUUGGUGUGCCCAUUGCCAUCUUCCUCAUGAUUGUUGUGGACAUUAGCAUUGACGAUACUUAUACCCAGAAACUGGUUGUCCCCAAAGGUCUGAUGGUGUCCAACCCAGACAAAAGAGGCUGGCUUAUCAAUCCCUUCGGGGAACACAAAGCCUUCCCUGUGUGGUUGAUGUUUGCCUGCUGUGUACCGGCCAUACUUGUCUUCAUCCUGAUCUUUCUAGAAUCUCAGAUCACUACCCUGAUUGUGAGUAAACCAGAGCGGAAAAUGGUCAAGGGCUCUGGGUUCCAUUUUGACCUGCUGGUCCUGGUAGGGAUGGGAGGACUGGGUGCCAUAUUCGGGGUGCCCUGGCUCAGCGCUGCAACAGUGCGCUCCGUUACUCAUGCCAAUGCCCUGACAGUCAUGAGUAAGGGGCCAAAGCCUGAGAUUGAGAAGGUGAUGGAGCAGCGGGUCAGUGGGAUUCUGGUGGCCCUGCUGGUUGGUCUAUCCAUUCUAAUGGAGCCCAUCUUGAAGAUGAUUCCGAUGGCUGCCCUAUUUGGGAUCUUCCUCUACAUGGGUAUCACUUCACUUAAUGGCAUCCAGUUGUGGGAUCGCAUGCUGCUUCUCCUCAUCCCUAAAAAAUACCACCCUGACGAACCGUAUGCCACUAGGGUUAGCACAGGGAGAAUGCACUUAUACACGGCCAUCCAGAUAGUGUGCCUUGCAAUCCUGUGGAUUAUUAAGUCCAGUCCAGCUUCUCUGGCGCUCCCCUUCAUCCUGAUCCUCACCAUACCCCUGCGUAUGUUGAUGACUGGACGCCUCUUCACCGAACUGGAGAUGAAAUGUUUGGAUGCUGACGAUGCAAAGGUGGCAUUUGAGGAGGAGCCAGGACAGGACGUAUACUAUGAAUCUCAGAUGCCAUUGUAGGAGACUCCCAUGACAUUUUCCAUUAUCCCCCCUGGCAUUGAGAAAAAGACCUUCGUUCAGUUUUAGCUUACAUUAAAUUGUUUUGAUUGUUAUUUUAUAU